AUAUUAAUAUUAAUAAUGGCUCUUCAGCUGCUGCCGUGGCUGCUGCUUUUAUGGACUGUGGUGGAGUUGUUUGAAACCGAUAAUAAGGAUAAGGAUAUUAAUAAUAAUGAUUAUAAUGUUCGUCAUGGUAACGGGAGAGUCGGGGGUGUCGGUAUCCGCGUGCCCCUUCGCAACGGUAUCCAGGAUGUGGAAUUCGGGGCUCCGCCGCGCGCCAGGGCCCCCAGGUCGGCUCGAGACGCGGACAGCUUUCUGCAAAACAUCAAUUUUGUGGAGAUGAUUGACAACUUGCGGGGGAAGUCGGGUCAGGGCUACUACGUGGAAAUGACGGUGGGGUCUCCCCCGCAAAAGCUCAAUAUCCUGGUGGACACGGGGAGCAGUAACUUCGCGGUGGGCGCCGCGCCGCACCCUUUCCUCAGGAGGUUCUAUCACCGGGAGCUCUCCAGCACGUACCGGGACCUGCGCAGGAGCGUCUAUGUCCCGUACACACAGGGGAAAUGGGAGGGACAGCUCGGCACCGACCUCGUCUCCAUCCCUCACGGGCCCAGCGUCGCAGUGCGAGCCAACAUCGCCGCCAUCACGCAGUCAGACAAGUUCUUCAUCAACGGAUCCAACUGGGAGGGCAUUCUGGGGCUAGCGUACGCCGAGAUAGCCAGGCCUGACGAGACUCUGGAGCCCUUCUUCGACUCCUUGGUGAAGCAGACCCGCGUCCCAAACCUCUUCUCUCUGCAGCUCUGCGGAGCCAGCCUCCCCUUCAACGAGUCUGAGACCACCGCGUCUGUGGGGGGCAGCAUGAUCAUUGGCGGCACUGACCCCUCCCUCCACAUCGGCAGCAUCUGGUACACACCAAUCAGGAAGGAGUGGUACUAUGAGGUUAUCAUCGUAAAGAUUGAGAUCAACGGACAGGACCUGAAGAUGGACUGCAAAGAGUAUAACUAUGACAAGAGCAUCGUCGAUAGCGGCACCACAAACCUGCGUCUGCCCAGGAAGGUGUUCCAGUCUGCCGUCAAGGCCAUCAAAGCUGCUUCCUCUACAGAGAAGUUCCCGGAUGGUUUCUGGCUGGGGGAGCAGCUGGUCUGCUGGCAGGUUGGCACCACGCCCUGGCACAUCUUCCCAGUCAUAUCCCUCUAUCUGAUGGGCGAGGCGACCAACCAGUCCUUCAGAAUCACAAUCCUGCCUCAGCAAUACCUGCGGCCAGUAGAGGACGUGGCCACCUCUCAGGAUGACUGUUACAAGUUUGCAAUCUCGCAGUCCAGCACGGGCACAGUGAUGGGCGCUGUCAUCAUGGAGGGGUUCUACGUGGUGUUUGACCGCGCCCACAAGAGGAUCGGCUUCGCUGUGAGCACCUGCCACGUGCACGACGACACCCGUUUCACCUCAGACCAUCCGCAGUCUCCACUCGACCUCGCCUAG